GCCCCAACUUUCCUCCCUUUGCAUGCUCGCCCUCGCCCGGAUUUGCCACUCGGAUGUUGUCGCCUCCGGAGCGGAGCUCGGAGCCGCGGUGAGCCUGCCUUUUCCUCCAGUGCUAUGACAGGCAAACUACUGGAGAAGCUGCCGGGGACCAUGAACACUUUGCUGAACCAAUUGCCUGACAAUCUGUACCCGGAGGAGAUCCCCAACUCUUUGAACAUCUUCUCCGGCAGCAGCGACUCGGUGGCUCACUACAACCAGAUGGCUGCAGAUAAUGUUAUGGACAUUGGCUUAGCGAACGAAAAAGCCAGCCAGGAAUUGUCCUAUUCGGGGACUUUUCAGCCCGCCCCGGGCAACAAGACUGUGACCUACCUGGGGAAAUUCGCCUUCGACUCGCCCUCCAACUGGUGCCAGGACAACAUCAUCAGCCUGAUGAGCGCCGGCAUCCUGGGGGUGCCGCCGUCCUCGGGCGCGCUCACCAGCACGCAGAGCUCGGCGGGCAGCAUGGGGCCGCCGCAGGGCGACGUGGACCAGAUGUACCCCGCGCUGCCGCCCUACUCCUCCUGCAGUGACCUCUACCCGGAGCCCGUCUCCUUCCACGACCCCCAGAGCAACCCCGGCCUCACCUACUCCCCCCAGGAUUACCAGGCGGCCAAGCCCGCCUUGGACAGCAACCUCUUCCCCAUGAUCCCAGACUAUAACCUCUACCACCACCCCAACGACAUGGGCACCAUCACGGAGCACAAACCCUUCCAGAGCUUGGACCCCAUCCGCGUCAACCCGCCCCCCAUCACCCCGCUGGAGACCAUCAAGGCCUUCAAGGACAAGCAGAUCCACCCGGGCUUCGGGGGGCUGCCGCAGCCGCCGCUCACCCUCAAACCCAUCCGGCCCCGCAAGUACCCCAACCGGCCCAGCAAGACGCCGCUCCACGAGCGGCCCCACGCCUGCCCCGCCGAGGGCUGCGACCGCCGCUUCUCCCGCUCCGACGAGCUCACCCGCCACCUCCGCAUCCACACGGGCCACAAGCCCUUCCAGUGCCGCAUCUGCAUGCGGAGCUUCAGCCGCAGCGACCACCUCACCACCCACAUCCGCACCCACACCGGCGAGAAGCCCUUCGCCUGCGAGUUCUGCGGCCGCAAGUUCGCCCGCUCCGACGAGCGCAAGCGGCACGCCAAGAUCCACCUCAAGCAGAAGGAGAAGAAGGCCGAGAAGGGCUCGGCCGGGCCGCCCCCCGCCGCGCCCCCCGCCGCCGCCGCCGCCACCACCUCGCCCCCCGUCGCCCUCGCCCCCGCCGUCACCACGUGCGCCUGAGGCACGGCGCGGUGACACCCUUUGCACUGGUGCCGGAUGGAUCAGGGCUUCGCCGGCAUCCCGGUUGCCCCCGUGCCCCCGUCCCCGCCAUCGGGAUGCUUGCCCGGACCCCCGUGGGCCGGAUCCGACGGAUCCUGCACCCAGGCUGCCCGGGGUCCUGCUCCGGAUCCAACCCCACCACCCGGCUCCGAGCCUCUCGGGAGCACGGUGGCCGCGCUCCCGGCGCCCGCACCCGCUCAGCCCCGAGCCCCGCAGCCGGGCUGCCCUCGGGGGUCGGCACCGCACGGAUCCCACCCGCUGGGAGCCAGCCCAGCAGGGCCCGGCGAGCGGCGCCACGGCACCCUUGGGUGCCCGGGCAGCCAGCCCCGGCGGGGUCCUGCCCCACGCGUGCUUUUCCCACCCGAGCCCCCGGCUCGGCGGCGGAGGUAAGCGGGCUGCAGCGGCGGGGGGCGAGCUCCCGGGCGCUGGGCGGCUGCUGCUGGGCUGGCGAGAAGGUGCUGGGGGCGGCACGGAGCUGUCCCGGCAGCAGCUUGUUCCUUUUCUGUUCUUUUCCUUUUUUUUUUUUUUUUUUUUCUCUCCAGCAGAAGGGAAAUUCUUUACAGAAAUGCAGAAAAAAAAAAAAAAAAAAACACAAAAAAAACAAAACAAACCAGUAUUUUGCUGAAUACUUUUUAUAAUGUGAGAUAUUUUUAUUUUAUUUUAUUUGGUCACUUUAAAACAAACCAACUACGGAGGAGAAGAAUCAAUUAGUCCUCUAUUUUAUUUUUUUUUCCUUUCUCCUUCUGGUAUGUGCAUGUCAUUGCAUGACUGCUCUGAUUUUUUUCUUCUUUUGUUUUAAUAAAACUGUGCUCAGACAUUUAAGCUAAACUAAGCAAAAAUAAUAAUGACUUAAAAAAAUCUUUGUUGCCAAAAGGUCGUGCUAUCCAGGUUUGAUGUCUGCAUGUGAAAAAAAAAAAAAAUUAAAAACCUACAAAAAAUAAAGAGAAGAGAAAGAAUGCAGUCUAAUUUAUGUGAACUGAAAGGAACAAAAAACACAAUCAGGUUUAACCACACAAACCUAAGGGAAUGAUAUUUUUUGAAAGACUUUUGUAUAAAGUUGAGUACUUAGAGAAAAAAAAAAUCAUACCAGAUGUAAUAUAUUUUGUGGAUGUUUUUAUUUCUUGGAUUUAUAGUACCUUAUACUAAGGUUAAAAAAAAUUAUGCUUGAUAUUGUGAAAAGGUGAUAAUUUUCACACACAUUUCAUUUGCUCAUUUGUCAUGUUGUAAUGCAAAUAUGAUAGUUAAUGCAUACAGCAUUUUUAAGGGAAAAAUCAGAAAUAUUGAACUGAUGUAUUGUUGUACCAUUUGCACUGUGAGCAAAUGCUAAUGCAGUAAAUAUAUUGUGUUUGCUGACAAUCAAA